CUCUUACUACGCAGUAAAAGUGUUCAGUACAGGUCAGCCCGUCUGCCCUGACACAUCGCGAAUAAAAUCAUAUAAAAUCGAUUUACGUUGAUGCAGUCUCGUCAGUGCAGUGAUCAGUAAUUCACGUCAACUCAUUCCACUAAUUAUUUAAGCUGACAGAAACUGAUUUUCAUCGCGAUACCACAAAAUGUCGCUACCUGCAGAAAAUUUCAAGGUUUACUUCAAAAAUGAAGCUACAGGAAAAGCAGAAAUUAGAAAAUUCGCUAUACCAGCUGAUAUGUCCAAAAAUUUUGAAUUCUUUCAAAUGAAAGUGUGUGACAUUUUUCCGCAUUUAAAAAAUAAAAAAUUGUCAUUCUCUUGGAAAGAUGACGAGAACGACGAGAUACAGAUUUCAACUAAUGAAGAAUAUAAACUGGCUUUGAGUGAUAUGUCAAUUUUGCAUCAAACUCACAAGCUGUACGUUGUAAUAGCCUGCAAUGAGACGGUGGACAAUGAGUUUGCGGAAAACUCCGCCAAGAAUCAUGCUACACCAUCGAUGAAUUCGAAAACCCAUCACGUUGGAAUUUACUGCGACUCGUGCGACAAGAAUAUUUACGGAUUUCGCUACAAAUGUCUUCAGUGCCCGGAUUACGACUUGUGCAAGGAUUGCGAAUCUAAAUGCCACCAUCCAGAGCAUUGCAUGAUUCGAAUGCCCGUACCUUUGAACUGGAGAUCGCAUUACGGAAAACGCUUGACUCAUCAUUUUAAUAAAUUUUUGAAAAAGGCAGUAGGUUGUCCUUUCGAAGAUUCAAUAGAUUCUAAUAAGAGUCAAACUUUCGACAAUGCUACACCUUACAAUUGUGACCAAGCUUCAUGGUUUAAUACAUUUCAAACUUAUAUGAAUGAUUGGGCAAAUUUUAGCAACAAAUAUGCAGCUUUUGAUGAUGAGGCGAAAAAAACUAGCAACGCCACCAAUGACUCACCUUCAUAUAUUUCCAAAGCUGAUUUAGAAAAGCAAAAGGAUUUUCUCCAGACAAUUGGUGAAAAUAUUGCCCAAUUUUUGGAUCCUCUUGGCAUUGACGUUGACGUGAAAGUUAAAACUCAACAUGAAUCAGAGAAAAACAAAUCCGAAAAUCCAGUUAAAGAUGAUGCCAAAGCUGAAUGCUCAAUGACUCCAGAUGAACCGAAAGUAGUUGAGGAACCUAUGCAAAGCAACAAAUCUGAAGCCAUUCCAUUACCAUACAUAUUAGCAUCUGCUCCUCCGAGUUCUUCUAGACCAGAGAAAAAGUCUUCUUGGGAAAACGUUCCAAAUGAUGAGUGGACUUGGCUGGAGCAAGAAAGUGCUUCUCAAGUUGAACCACCAAAAAAAACUGAUGCUUUUGAAACCAUUCCUCAUUCUCCCGUUGUGGAAAAGCAAAAAAAUGAGCCUGCAGCAAGCAAUAUUACAAAUCGUAGAAUUCCCCCACCUCCAAAUGAUAAUGAAGAUGAAAAGAAAUUGGAUCCAAAAAUUAGAAAUGCACUUGCAGCCAUGAAACAGAUGGGGUUUUCCAAUGAAGGUGGUUGGCUUACAAACUUAUUAAUCUCUAAAAAUGGGGAUAUAAAUAAAGCAUUAGAUAUCUUACAACCUAUAUAAAUAUACAUGAAUAUACAUCAAUAUUUAAACAUACAUAUAUAUAAAUGUAUAUUAUUUUAUUAUGGGGAAAUAAUAGUGUAUUUCACUUUAAAUGUUAUUGAAUAAAGGAUCUUUCUUGUCAUGACUUAA